AUGCGACUCCUAAACGUGGACACGUUCAAGUUAGAGGACUUCUUCUACGUGGAUCCUCCUCCUUACGCUAUCCUGUCACACACAUGGGGCAACGACAGCGAAGAAGUGUCCUACCGCGAUGUACAGGACGGAAGGCUGGACUUGGACUCGGCCCGGCCGCUCAAGAUGACGGGUUGCUGCAAACAAGCCAAGUCGGAUGGCUAUCAAUACGUCUGGAUCGACAGCUGUUGCAUCGAUAAAGCCAAUUCGGUAGAACUCCAGGAGGCUAUCAACUCCAUGUUUCGUUGGUAUCGAAACGCCGCAAUCUGUUACGCUUACCUCUCUGAUGUCCCCUUCAAAGUCUUUUCCUCAAGCCGUUGGUUUCGGAGAGGAUGGACCUUGCAAGAGCUCCUUGCGCCACUCAAUCUCCGCUUCUAUGACAGAGAGUGGAAGUGUAUGGGGACAAAAGGGGAGUUGUGCGAUGUGGUCGAGAGGGUCACGGGGAUACCGACUUCGUUUCUGUUGGGGAUCACCGAGCUCCAUCACGCCAGCGUCGCCCAGCGGAUGUCCUGGGCGGCCAACAGAGUCACAAAACGACAGGAGGAUAUUGCUUACUGCCUUCUCGGCAUAUUUGGCGUAUCAAUGCCAAUGAUAUAUGGCGAAGGGGAGAAGGCUUUCCGGAGGUUGCAGGAGCAGAUCAUGAAGGAACUUGAGGACGAUUCGAUCCUCGCGUGGCACCUCGAGUCGGAGAGCCCGGGCCACGAUAGCAUACCUGAUGUCGUCUUCGGAACCGUCCUUGCGCCCGCUCCCUCAUACUUUGCAAACUCGGGACAGGUCGUCGUCAUGGACCACUCUUCGCAUUCCUCAUUCGAAAUCCACGGCGGGAGCCUUCGCCUCUCGCUCGCCGUCCACACUAUGGCAAACGGGCAAAUUGUCGGUCUUCUCAAAUGCGGCCUUGAACGAGAUCCGGAUAGGGUGGUGGCGGUCCCGCUCGCCGCUGCGCCUGGAGGACGACCCAACAAGUACGUCAGAUUGGAAGGCCGACGAGCACGACUGGUCGCAAAACCCACGACUAGAGACUCUCGCUUAGUUCACAUUCAGCUUGAGGCCGGGCGCAAGUCACCUCCCCAGUCGUCCGAAGCCUGUUGGUUCCAUAUUCGGAAGUCCGUCCCUGGGCUGGAUGUAGUUGGCGUCCAUCCGACACCGUGUUGGCACAAGGAAAGGGCUUUGAUUGAGGCGGCUCUCAUGCCCACGGCCAACGGGACCCGAGAAAUCCUGGUCCGGUUUCAAACCGAGGGCUUGUCGGCCGACUUUGUGGCGGUUCUUGGAGUCGAUUCCGAAGCACGACCUCACUACAGUCUCAUGGUUGCUGCCAGGAAAACUACCCUAGAGGAUAUCGCCGGCAACAGCGUGGUUUGGAAGCACAAGGUUAUCGGGAACACACGUGCGGAUAAUGGCACCAUGCAGCUGGCCAUGGCACUGGAGACUCUCCAGGCUCCCUCUUCGCAGCGCAGAUUUGUGCUCAAACCGGUCCUUGUGGUGUCCGACACUGCCCCUGUCACCUUCAAUGUGACUGCGAGUCUACGGUUAUCCGGGGCCACUGCGCUCUUGGACCAUGUACGGCGGAUCGACGAA